AGUUCAUUGUCAUUGAGUUCUGCAUGUUCGUGUAUGUGAGAGAUGAGCUGGAUGUGUUUGAAGGGGAGCUGGAGAGCUAUAUCACCUCCGUGAACCAGACGGGAACCCUGACCCCAGUCAUCCUGCAGGUGAAAGAGCUGAUGAGCGUCGCCAAAGGAGUCUGGCUGGUGACCAUCUUGUCCGCCUCCCUCACGUGUGUGAGCUAUCUGUUCCACAUAUUGGCCUGUUACAGAAAGCACAUGAAGAGGUUGUGGGCAGGAAAUAAACACUUCCUCCCUUUGAAGUUCCAUAAUCCUUCCUCGGCGGAGAGUGUGGUGGCCAUUGCAAGGUACUCUGGCUGGCAAAUAGCCUAUAUUCUGUGGGGCUACCUCAUCAUCCACGUGGUGCAGAGCCUGUGUGGCAUGCUGAUCAUGUACAGCCUGGUGCUGCCUGUCAUCCACAACCAGGGCCUGGAGAUGCUCCUAGGACUGGGCAUCGGGACCCUCACCCUAUCCAUCGUCCUGGGUCUCAUGAUCCUGCAGGUGUGGAUCGCCGCCACCUUCUUCCUACAGCCAAAGAUGAGCGCGGCUGACAGGCAGAAACCUUUGGCUCUCAACAACAGGAAAGUGUUCCACAACUUCAACUACUUUCUGUUCUUCUACAACGUGCUGCUGGGCCUGGGCGCCUGUCUCUCCAGGCUGCUCAUCAGCUGCAUCCUGGGCACGUGGCUGAUCGCACGCAUCGACAGGACCAUCAUGCAGAAUGGCUAUGAGGGGGCGGACAUGGGGUUCAGUGCCUGGAUUGGAAUGCUCUAUGUGGAUCAUUAUCAUACCAACCCUGUGCUCGUCAGCUUUUGUAACAUCCUGAUCACAGGGCACAGGGAGAGGAGGCUGCAGCGGGCCAUCAAAUACUGGUACCUAAAUCAGUCAGCAGGUUCCCGAAUCUCAACGAGGUCCAGGACAAGGUGGUUCCUGUUACACACCCUGGUCAACAAUCCCAGACUAGUCAUGCUCAGAAAAUCAAGAUCAGGUCAUGGCUCCCGGGACUUUACCCAGAUCCUGUUGACAUGCUCAGACAGCUGACGGUAACCUCCCAACACAGCUACAAGGCCAUUCCAGGACGACUGCCCCUGUGACAAGGCCCAGGCUACCCAGCUGCUGUCCCCUGCAGUGUGAGAGGGGAUGCAGUCCCCGUCUACUGCACACAGCACCGGGCGCUCAUGGGAUGGCACCUGAGCUGAACCAUGAAGUCUCAGGUCUAAUAAUCCACUCCCUUGGUAAAAAGAUCAAGAACUAAAAAGAAUUUCUGUUGAA